CUAGUAUUAUUUCCCCGCCGCCAAAACUAUUUCAAGGUCCCCUUUUCCCUCGUUCUCCAUUUAUCCUCUCAUCUCUUCCCAAUCUAGCUCUACAGUCAAAACCAGCCUUCUUUACUACUUCCCUUUAUUUACUCUUUCACAAUGGCCCAGGAACGUGCUACCCCCAUCCGUCUCGGCUCUACUGCCCCUGACUUCACGGCCGACACUUCCAACGGCCCCGUCACCUUCCACGAAUACAUUGGCAACAGCUGGACUAUCCUCUUCUCUCACCCCGAUGACUUCACUCCCAUCUGCACCACCGAGCUGGGUGCUUUCGCCAAGCUUGAACCCGAGUUCACUGCUCGUGGUGUCAAGCUGAUCGGUCUGAGCGCCAACGGCACCGAAUCCCACAAGCUCUGGAUCAAGGACAUCGACGAGGUCACCGGUUCAAAGCUCACUUUCCCCAUCAUCGCCGAUCCCGAGCGCAAGAUCGCCUAUGCCUAUGACAUGGUUGACUACCAGGACACCACCAACGUUGACUCCAAGGGCCUGGCUCUGACCAUCCGUUCCGUCUUCAUCAUCGACCCCAACAAGAAGAUCCGUCUGAUCAUGUCUUACCCUGCCUCUACCGGUCGUAACACCGCCGAGGUUCUCCGUGUUGUCGAUGCCCUUCAGACCACUGACAAGCACGGUGUCACCACCCCCAUCAACUGGCUCCCUGGUGAUGACGUUGUCAUCCCCCCUCCCGUUUCUACUGAGGAUGCGCAGAAGAAGUUCGGUGAAAUCCGCCAGGUCAAGCCUUACCUGCGCUUCACCAAUCUCAAGAAGGAGUAAAUUAUAACGCAGAUACCCACUUAGCCACUUUCCGUUCGUUGUUCCCCGGAGGAAAAAUAAGCUCGGAUCGCGGACAUGGUUGGGAGCGUUUUCAUGAAAAGGAGUAUGAUAGUCACGGCUUAGCAACUCUAAUAAUCUGAUACCUC